ACCCAAUAUAAAGGUACUAGAAUGUCGCAAACUGUACGAAUAUUUUCAAAAUCAAGACUAAAGAAAGAUAAGUUUAUAACGAUAGCAUUCCAUAUUUUGUUGUGUUCUACCUUUGUAAUUUUCAUGUCGACACAAUGGCAGUUUUUAAUUCCAUUUUUCCACACUUUCACCACGAAUGAAGUCGAAAAUCAAGAAAGAUUAUGCGUGCGAUAUCUCUCCUAUCAACCUCCAGUAGGUGGAUGGAAUAAUCAAAGAAUUGCGUUUGAAAAUGCAUUGAUUAUGGCUUUGUUGUUAAAACGAACUCUUCUGGUUCAACCUCUAGCUGCUCAUGGCCGUCAAAUUGAGUUAAAAUCCAACCAUUCUACUAGUUAUGAUUUGUAUAAUAUGUUGUCAAUUGAAGACCUAGUUCCCCUCUCAAAACUGAUCGAUUUGAAAACACUUUCGUCUUUCCUACCAGUUGAAGAAGUAAACACAACUCACUUAGAGUUUUUUCAUAAAUAUCGAAACUUCUCGUGGUAUAAAGUUUGUCAUAAUGGCCUUCGAGAAAUUUGGGUUGAUGAAAUGCACCCGACAUUAAAUAUUGCUACACUUGUAAAGCGCAAACGCAAACAGAAUAUUCCUAAGUAUCGUCAGAUUUGUCCAGAAAAGAAAAAGUCGAGCUACUGGAUAUUUUUGAAUGAAUUACAAUAUCGCAACGAGGAUAUCAUUUAUUUUGAAAAUGGUUCGUUGUUCUCUCGUCGCGUAUAUUUCACCAAUGCAAGAAGAGCCUUAAAAGUGGAAAAGGCUAUGCUGGACUGGAUAAGACCCUCUCCUGAAGUGUUACAUAAUGUUCGAAGGGUUUUAGUUGAGAUUGGUCGACCUUUUAACGCGAUUCAUGUGCGAAGAACAGAUCAUAAAAGUAGUCGAAUGUUUAGCGUUAAUCACUGGCUCUCCCAACUGGCUAGGAAAAAGGCCUUAAAGCGCACUAAAAUGUUAUACAUAGCUACAGAUGAGACCAAUUAUACAUGGUUCUUUCCUUUAAAAAAAGCUGGCUACCAGCUGUUGUUUGCCAAAGACUUUGCUAUUUUCCGUGAAAUUAUGAAGACGAAUAAAAUAACUGGCCAGGAUAUACUUGGUUAUCACGAGCAAAUCGUUUGCUCGCGUGCUUUAGUGUUUAUUGGUUCCUCGUAUUCCACAUUCUCUUCAUUUAUCAAGCGAACGAGAGCAGCGAGAUACUGGGACUGGCAUCGUUUCCAAAAUUUAAAAUUUUUGUCAGCCAAGUUGUUGAAUAUUCAUAAAACAAAUAGUGUUAAAAAGAAGCUAUUUCAUGCAAUACUUAAUUUCAGUUAAUAUAAUCGUAAAUGCUAAAUAAAUGAAGUCCACACACUUGGAUUUAUAUAUCAUAUGAAUAAAAUGAGUAUAUUAUCUAUGAGAAAAUUGUUUCAUAAUAAAUUUAAAUAAUUUAGUACAUAAUAAAAUGAAAAAUAAGCUCAUCACAAGUUAUAGUUUAAAUGGAUCAAAAUCAAAAACAGUAAACGGCACAUUUUUAAAAAAAA